AUGAGCUCCCAAGACGGCGCGUCUACCCCGCGCAAGACGCCCAUCCUCGCGCCCACGCCGGACAGCAAGCCGCCGGCCCGCGCCGAGCUCACGGCCGAGCAGGAGGCCAAGUACGCGUCGCUGCUCGCGCAGGCGCAGGCCUGGACGGACGUGACGUGCGACAAGCAAAAGGAGCGGUCGGGCGCGCUCGCGGAGCGCGAGCGGGCGUGGCUCACGCGCGAGUGCCUGCUGCGGUAUCUGCGGGCGACCAAGUGGCAGGUCGACGACGCGGGGCGGCGGCUGCGGGCGACGCUCGGCUGGCGGCGCGAGUACGGGCUCGACGACUUCUCGGCCGACUACGUCUCGCCCGAGCAGGCGACGGGCAAGCAAAUCAUUGUCGGCUACGACCGCGCCGGCCGCCCGUGCCAGUACCUCAACCCGGGCCGCCAGAACACCGACGCGAGCCCGCGCCAGAUACACCACCUCUUCUACAUGGUCGAGCGCGUCGCCGACAUGAUGCCGCCCGGCGUCGAGCAGCUCAGCCUCAUGAUCAACUUCAAGCCCAGCAAGAAGCGCCAGAACACGAGCGUCCCCGUGUCCACGGCCCGCGAGGUGCUGCACAUUCUGCAGAACCACUACCCGGAGCGUCUCGGCAAGGCGCUGAUUAUCAAUGUGCCGUGGAUCGUCUGGGGCUUCUUCAAAAUCAUUACCCCCUUCAUCGACCCCGUCACCCGCGACAAGCUCAAGUUCAACGAGGACAUGACCCAGUACGUCCCCGCCGAGCAGCUCUGGAGCGAGGACUGGGCUGGCCAGAUGGACUUUGCCUACGACCACGACGUGUACUGGCCCGCUCUCAACGAGCUCUGCCGCCAGCGCCGCGAGGCCCGCGCCGCCCGUUGGGUCGCCGCCGGGAGCCUCGUCGGCGAGUCCGAGGACUACCUCGCCGGCGGCACCGACAUCAGCGUCACGGGCUUCGCGUACGAGGGGCCUGCUGCCGCUGCGCUCGAAGAGAAGCUGGCCGCGACGACGUUGGAGGAAAAGACGCCCGUCGCAGCGGCGGAACCCCAGGCUGCCGUCAUGGCCUAG